AUGACGCAAUUCCGCUCCCGGUGGGCGGAAACCGGGCGUCCCAGGAAUCUGGGCGGGCGGCUGGUGCAAACUUGCAAGGCCGCAGGUUGGCGCGUUUUCGCAGCGGUGGUUUUCGCCCCCGUGGGCGAUUACCGCCGCCGGGAUCGGCCGGGCCAGAGGCCUCCCAAGCAGGACCCGACCCAGGACCUCAUUCAGGCUGCCCAGGAGGGUGCCGGUGGCCAGAGGUGUUGGCUGGUGUCUGCGUCCAGCAUCUACUGCCCAUUCGCCUGCACUGUCCUGGGGCCCAGCUCAUGGCAGGAGGCCUUCACAGACCUCUUCCCCAGUUACACGUACAGACAUCCUGGAGGUGGGAAAGUGCCGCCACAAACAUUCGUGGAGGAGAUUCACAUGGACCCAUCCCUGGGAGUGGAGCUGUGGACCCACGGGGACACUAUGUCUCACCUUUCAGGAAACACAGGACUGUUCCACACCUACACCAUCUGCAUCCCCACCAGCAAUGCCUGGGCUGGACCAGGGCUGCCAGCAGCCGCCAGCAUCAGCCUUGCCACCUGCCCCACAGCCAGCCUGGAUGGACCGGCUGCCCUGCAGAUGGGGCUAAGCAGGGCUCCUGGGCAUGACAUCAAGGUGGGGGGGCGCAGUCUCGAGGGUGGACCGGAUUGCCUCUGGGGCCACUACCCACCGCCAUUCACAGCCAGCAGAGUGCACCUUCCUGCACACCUGCUGGGUGAGGCAGAAUGGGGGCCAGUACCAUGCGCAAAACACCGAAAACCCGCCGGCGAGAGGCGGCCAGGAUGCGCUGCGCUCCGGAAUUCACAUCUCAAUCCCAGGGACCCCGCGUUUGGGCUCCCGGGCUGCGGUCACUCGGGUCACUCUGCCGGUUCUGGGGUCGCGGGUGGGGACGGGCUGGGCCCGGACUGGACCCGAGAGGAGUGGCGCCAAACCCGGGCCCGCCGGGGACUCUCGGCCGCCGAGAGGUGCCCGAAGUUAGGGAAACAAAGAGCGGAUCCGCUGGACCGAGAGGAGCGGGCCGGCGCGUCCGGGGCCGCGGUGCUGGAGGGCGCAGGGGGCCGCCCGGGACCGGGAGCCACGCCCCGGGGCCGCCUCGGCGUCGCGUUCCCACGGCCCGGCUCGAGGGCGGCGGGCGGUGGCUUCAGCCUGCACCCGCCCUACUUCAACCUGGCGGAGGGCGCCCGCAUCGCCGCCUCGGCCACCUGCGGCGAGGAGGCCCCAGCGCGCGGCGCCCCGCGCCCCACCGAGGACCUCUACUGCAAGUUGGUGGGGGGCCCCGUGGCCGGCGGGGACCCCAACCAGACCAUCCAGGGCCAGUACUGCGACAUCUGCACAGCCGCCAACAGCAACAGGGCUCACCCUGUGAGCAACGCCAUUGAUGGCACGGAGCGCUGGUGGCAGAGCCCACCACUGUCCCGGGGCCUGGAGUACAACGAGGUCAACGUCACCCUGGACCUGGGCCAGGUUUUCCAUGUGGCCUAUGUGCUCAUCAAAUUUGCCAAUUCCCCUCGGCCAGACCUCUGGGUGCUGGAGCGGUCCACGGACUUUGGCCACACCUACCAGCCCUGGCAGUACUUUGCAUCCUCCAAGAGGGACUGCCUGGAACGGUUUGGACCGCGGACGCUGGAGCGCAUCACGCAGGACGACGACGUCAUCUGCAGCACGGAGUACUCGCGGAUUGUACCUCUGGAGAAUGGCGAGAUCGUGGUGUCCCUAGUGAACGGCCGCCCAGGUGCUAUGAACUUCUCCUACUCGCCGCUGCUGCGUGACUUCACCAAAGCCACCAACAUCCGCCUGCGCUUCCUGCGCACCAACACGCUGCUGGGCCACCUCAUGGGCAAGGCGCUGCGGGACCCCACGGUCACCCGCCGGUACUAUUACAGUAUCAAGGACAUCAGCAUCGGCGGCCGCUGUGUCUGCCACGGGCAUGCGGAUGUCUGUGAUGCCAAAGACCCCACAGACCCCUUCAGGCUUCAGUGCGCCUGCCAACACAAUACGUGUGGGGGUUCCUGUGACCGCUGCUGCCCCGGCUUCAACCAGCAGCCAUGGAGGCCAGCAACCACAGACAGUGCCAACGAAUGCCAGUCCUGCAACUGCUAUGGCCACGCCCAUGACUGCUACUACGACCCAGAGGUGGAUCAGCGCAACGCCAGCCAGAAUCAGGACCAGGUCUACCAGGGCGGGGGCGUGUGCAUCGACUGCCAGCAUCACACCACGGGCAUCAACUGUGAGCAGUGUCUGCCUGGCUUCUACCGCUCCCCAGACCACCCACUCGACUCACCCCAUGCCUGCCGCCGCUGCAACUGUGAGUCGGACUUCACAGACGGGACGUGUGAGGACCUGACUGGCCGCUGCUACUGCCGGCCAAACUUCACAGGGGCGCGAUGUGACGCAUGUGCUGAAGGCUUCACUGACUUCCCACACUGCUACCCGGUGCCUUCUUCCUCCCACAAUGACACCGGGGAGCAGGUGUUGCCUGCCGGACAUAUCGUGAACUGUGACUGUAGCGCCGCCGGGACCCAGGGCAACGCCUGCCGGAAGGACCCGCAGGUGGGGCACUGCGUGUGCAAACCCAACUUCCAGGGCACCCACUGUGAGCUCUGCGCCCCUGGCUUCUACGGCCCAGGCUGCCAGCCCUGCCAGUGUUCCAGCCCCGGCGUGGUGGACGGAACCUGUGACCGUGACUCGGGCCAGUGCAUGUGCCGGACAGGCUUCGAGGGGGCCGCAUGUGACCGCUGUGCCCCCGGCUACUUCCACUUCCCCCUCUGCCAGUUGUGUGGCUGCAGCCCCGUGGGGACCCUCCCUGAAGGUUGUGACGACACUGGCCACUGCCCGUGCCGGCCAGAGUUCAACGGCCCCCACUGUGACCGCUGCCGCCUGGGCUACCAUGGCUACCCCGAGUGCCAUGCCUGCGCCUGUGACCCCCGGGGCUCCAUGGACCAGCUGUGUGGGGCGGGCGGGCUGUGCCGCUGCCGCCCGGGCUACAUGGGAGCCACGUGCCAGGAGUGCAGCCCCGGCUUCCACGGCUUCCCCGACUGUGCCCCCUGCCACUGCUCCCCCGAAGGUUCCCUGCACGCAGCCUGCGAUCCCCACAGCGGGCAGUGCAGCUGCCGACCGCGAGUGACGGGACUGCGGUGUGACACGUGUGUGCCUGGUGCAUACAACUUCCCCUACUGCGAAGCUGGCUCCUGUCAUCCUGCUGGCCUGGCCCCAGCUGAUCGUGUCCCUCCCGAGGCACAGGCCCCCUGUACAUGCCGGGCUCACGUGGAGGGGCCAAGCUGUGACCGCUGUAAACCUGGAUUCUGGGGGCUGAGUCCUAGCAACCCUGAGGGCUGUACCCGCUGCAACUGUGAUCCAAGGGGCACGCUGGGUGGGGCUGCCCAGUGCCAGCCGGGCAACGGCCAGUGCUUCUGCAAGCCCCAUGUGUGUGGCCAGACCUGCGCAGCCUGCAAGGACGGCUUCUUCGGGCUGGACCAGGCUGACUACUUCGGCUGCCGUAGCUGCCGGUGCGAUGUUGGCGGAGCGCUGGGGCAGAGCUGUGAGCUGAGGACGGGUGCCUGCAUGUGCCGCCCCAACACCCAGGGCUCCACCUGCAGCGAGCCUGCUCAGGACCACUAUCUCCCCGACUUGCACCACCUGCGCCUGGAACUAGAGGAGGCGGCCACGCCCGAGGGCCACGCUGUGCGCUUCGGCUUCAACCCCCUGGAGUUCGAGAACUUCAGCUGGAGAGGCUACGCACAGAUGACACCCAUCCAGCCCAGGAUCGUGGCCAAGCUGAACCUGACCUCCCCUGACCUCUUCCGACUCGUCUUCCGCUAUGUCAACCGCGGGCCCACGAGUGUGAGCGGGCGGGUUUCCGUGCGAGACCAGGGCAGGUUCACCACGUGUCCCAACUGCACAGAACAGAGCCAGCCCGUGGCCUUCCCACCCAGCACCGAGCCUGCCUUUGUCACCGUGCCCCAGAGGGGCCUGGGGGAGCCCUUUGUGCUGAACCCUGGCGCCUGGGCCCUGCUCGUGGAGGCCGAGGGGGUGCUCCUGGACUAUGUGGUUCUGCUGCCUAGCGCCUACUAUGAGGCGGCUCUGCUGCAGCUAAGAGUGACCGAGCCCUGCAUGUUCCGGCCAGACGCCCAGCGCUCUGGAGACAACUGCCUCCUCUACACCCACCUACCCCUGGAUGGCUUCCCCUCCGCCGCUGGGCCCGAGGCCCUGUGUCGCCAUGACAACAGCCUGCCCCGGCCCUGCCCCACGGAGCAGCUCAGCCCCUCGCACCCGCCGCUCGCUGUCUGCUGGGGCACUGAUGUGGACGUCCAGCUUCAGAUGGCAGUGCCACAGCCAGGCCCCUAUGCCCUGGUGGUGGAGUAUGCCAACGAGGACGCCCGCCAGGAGGUGGAUGUGGCAGUACACACCCCUCAGAGACCCCCCCAGCAGGGGGUGCUCACACUCCACCCCUGCCCAUACAGCACCCUGUGCCGAGGCACCGCCCUAGACGCCCAGCGCCACCUGGCCGUCUUCUACCUGGACACGGAAGCCAGCAUCCGGCUCACAGCCGAGCAGGCACGGUUCUUCCUGCAUAGUGUCACCCUGGUACCCACGGACACCUUCAGCUCAGAGUUCGUGGAGCCCCGAGUCCGCUGCAUCAGCAGUCAUGGUGCCUUCAGCCCCAGCAGGUUAGUGGGGCUGGGGGCCUGGCGGGGGCAGCAGGGUGGUGGCAGGGACACGGGAGCUCACCGGUGUAUCCCCUGCCCCAGUGCCGCCUGCCUGCCCUCCCGCUUCCCGAAGCCGCCCCAGCCUGUGCUCCUCAGAGACUGCCAAGUGCUGCCGCUGCCACCCGGCCUCCCGUUGACCCGCUCGCAGGAGCUGACACCGGGCGCACCCCCACCCGGGCCCCAGCCCCGGCCCCCCACCGCCGCGGACCCGGAUGCAGAGCCCACGCUGCUGCGCCACCCCCAGGGUACCAUGGUCUUCACCACCCAAGUGCCUGCCCUGGGCCGAUACGCCUUCCUGCUGCACGGCUACCAGCCCGCCCACCCGACCUUCGCCGUGGAGGUCCUCAUCAAUGGGGGCCGCGUCUGGCAGGGCCACGCCAACGCCAGCUUCUGCCCGCAUGGCUAUGGCUGCCGCACACUGGUGGUGUGUGAGGGCCGGGCCAUCCUGGAUGUGACUGACAGUGAGCUCACUGUGACCGUGCGUGUGCCUGAGGGCCGGUGGCUCUGGCUGGAGUACGUGCUGGUGGUCCCCGAGGAAGCCUAUAGCUCCAGCUACCUGCGGGAGGAGCCCUUGGACAAGUCCUACGAUUUCAUCAGCCAGUGCGCCGCCCAUGGCUACCAUGUCAGCCCCUCCGGCUCGUCCCCCUUCUGCCGCAGCGCCGCCACCUCGCUCUCGCUCUUCUACAACAACGGGGCUCGGCCGUGCGGCUGCCACGAGGUGGGCGCCACGGGCCCCACAUGCGAGCCUUUCGGGGGCCAGUGUCCCUGCCGCGCCCAUGUCAUCGGCCGCGACUGCUCCCGCUGUGCCACCGGCUACUGGGGCUUCCCCAACUGCAGGCCCUGUGACUGCAGCGGCCGCCUCUGUGACGAGCUCACAGGACAGUGCAUCUGUCCCCCACGCACCAUCCCGCCCGACUGCCUCGUCUGCCAGCCCCAGACCUUUGGCUGCCACCCCCUGGUGGGCUGUGAGGAGUGUAACUGCUCGGGGCCCGGUGUCCAGGAGCUCAUGGACCCCACCUGCGAUGUGGACAGCGGCCAGUGCAAGUGCAGACCCAACGUGGCCGGACGCCGCUGUGACACCUGUGCUCCUGGGUUCCAUGGCUUCCCCAGCUGCCGCCCCUGUGACUGCCACGAGGCAGGCUCUGCGCCUGGCACGUGCGACCCCCUCACAGGCCAGUGCUACUGCAAGGAGAAUGUGCAGGGCCCGAGGUGUGACCAGUGCCGCCUGGGGACAUUCUCACUGGACGCUGCCAACCCCAAAGGCUGCACCCGCUGCUUCUGUUUCGGGGCCACUGACCGCUGCCGGAGCUCGACCUACGCCCGUCGCGAGUUUGUGGACAUGGAGGGCUGGACGCUGCUGAGUGGUGACCGGCAGGUGGUGCCCCAUGAGCGGCAGGAGGCGCUGCUACUUCGCGCGGACCUGCAGCACAUGCCCGAGGCCAUCCCCGAGCUGUACUGGCAGGCCCCACCCUCCUACCUGGGGGACCGGGUGUCAUCCUAUGGUGGGACCCUCCGCUACGAACUGCACUCAGAGACCCAGCGCGGGGAUGUGUUCAACCCCAUGGAGAGCAGGCCAGAUGUGGUGCUACAGGGCAACCAGAUGAGCAUCACGUUCCUGGAGCCGGUGUACCCAGCGCCUGGUGACGUGCACCAUGGGGAGCUGCAGCUGGUGGAGGGGAACUUCCGACACAUGGAGACCCACAGUACCGUGUCCCGCGAGGAGCUCAUGAUGGUGCUGGCUGGCCUGGAGCAGCUGCAUAUCCGUGCCCUCUUCUCGCAGGCCUCCUCGGCCAUCUCCCUGCGCAGGGUGGCGCUGGAGGUGGCCAGCGAGAUGGGUGGGGGGCCUCCAGCCAUCAAUGUGGAGCUCUGCAUGUGCCCUGCCAACUACCGUGGGCACUCAUGCCAGGAGUGUGCCCCUGGCUAUUACCGGGACAUCAAAGGUCUCUUCCUGGGUCGCUGCAUCCCCUGUCAGUGCCACGGCCACUCAGACCGCUGCCUCCCUGGCUCAGGCGUCUGUGUGGGCUGCCAGCACAACACCGAGGGUGACCACUGCGAGCGCUGCCAGGCCGGCUUCGUGCGCACUGGUUCCGAGGACCCUGCAGCCCCCUGUAUCAGCUGCCCCUGCCCUCUGGCCGUGCCUUCCAACAACUUCGCGACAGGCUGCAUCCUGCGAGGUGGCCGCACCCAGUGUCUCUGCAAACCUGGCUAUGCUGGGGCCUCUUGCGAGCGCUGUGCACCCGGCUUCUUCGGGAACCCCCUGGUGCUGGGCAGCUCGUGCCAGCCCUGUGACUGUAGCGGAAACGGCGACCCCAACAUGCUCUUCAGCGACUGCGACCCCCUGACAGGCGCCUGCCGCGGCUGCCUGCGCCACACCACCGGGCCCCACUGCGAGAGCUGCGCCCCUGGCUUCUACGGCAAUGCCCUGUUGCCCGGCAACUGCACCCGGUGUGACUGCUCCCCAUGCGGGACGGAGGCCUGUGACCCCCACAGCGGACACUGCCUGUGCAAGGCCGGUGUGACUGGGCUGCGUUGUGACCGCUGUCAGGAAGGACAUUUUGGCUUCGAGGGCUGCGAGGGCUGCCACCCAUGUGCCUGUGGACCAGCCGCCGAGAGUUCCGAGUGCCACCCCCAAAGUGGGCAGUGCCACUGCCGACCAGGGACUGGGGGACCCCAAUGUCGCGAGUGUGCCCCCGGCCACUGGGGGCUCCCCGAGCAGGGCUGCAGGCGCUGCCAGUGCCAAGGGGGCCACUGUGACCUGCACACGGGCCGCUGCACGUGCCCUCCUGGGCUCAGUGGGGAACGCUGUGAGACCUGCAGCCACCAGCACCAGGUGCCCGUGCCGGGAGGACCUGGGGGCCACGGCGUGCACUGUGAAGUGUGUGACCACUGUGUGGUCCUGCUCCUGGACGACCUGGAGCGGGCCAGCGCCCUCCUCCCUGCCAUCCGGGAGCAGCUGAGUGGCAUCAAUGCCAGCUCUGUGGCCUGGGCCAGGCUGCACAGGCUGAACUCCUCCAUCUCCGACCUGCAGAGCCAGCUCCGGAGCCCCCCAGGCCCCCAUUAUGAGACCAUACAGCAGCUGGAGGCACUGGAACAACAGACCUCAAGCCUCGGGCAGGACACUCAGCAUCUGGAUGGCCAGGCCACCAGAGCCCGAGCUCAGGCCAGCCAACUACUGGACAGCACUGACACCACGCUGGGCCGGGCACAGACGCUGCUGGCAGCGAUCCGGGCUGUGGACCUUGCCCUGAGCGAGCUCGAGUCCAAGACGGACCGCCUGGCACCAGCCAAUGCCUCAGUCCCGUCGGGCGAGCAGCUGCGCAGGGUCCUGGCCGAAGUUGAACGGCUGCUGCAGGAGAUACGAGCCCGUGACCUGGGGGUUCCACAAGCAGCCGCUGAGGCUGAGCUGGGGGAGGCCCAGCGAUUGCUGGACCGUGUGCAGGAGCAGCUGACCAGACCCUGGGAGAGAAACCAGGCGCUGGUCACACACACCCGAGACCAGCUGGCCCAGCAUGAGGCCGGACUCAUGGACCUGCGGGAGGCCCUGAAUCGGGCAGUGGGCACCACACGGGAGGCAGAAGAACUCAACAGCCGCAACCAGGAGCGCCUGGAGGAAGCCCUGCAACGGAAGCAGGAGCUGUCCCAGGACAAUGCCACUCUGGGGGCUACUCUGCAGGCUGCCAGAGACACCCUGGCCCGGGUCUCUGAGCUUCUGCGUGGCAUGGACCAGGCCAGGGAGGAGUAUGAGCACCUCGCUGCCAGCCUGGAUGGCGCCCGGACGCCACUGCUUGAGAAAAUGCAUGCCUUCUCCCCAGCGAGCAGCAAACUGGAACUGGUAGAGGCUGCCGAGGCCCACGCGUGGCAGCUGGACCAGCUGGCACUCAACCUUUCCAGCAUCAUCCAAGGAGUCAACCAGGACCGCUUCAUCCAGAGGGCCAUUGAGGCCGCUAACGCCUACAGCAGCAUUUUGCAAGCCGUGCAGGCUGCUGAGGGCGCUGCUGACCAGGCCCGGCAGCAGGCGAGCCACACGUGGUCGAUGGUGGUGCAGCGGGGCCUGGCGCCCCGGGCCCGGGAGCUACUGGCUAACAGCAGUGCCCUGGAGGAGGCCGUCCUGGGAGAGCAGCGGAGACUGGACCUCGCGCGGGCCACCCUCCAGGACACUGGGACCCAGCUCCGCGAUGCCCGGGCCAGGAAGGAACAGCUGGCAGCCCGUGUCCGGGAGGUGCAAGCCAUGCUGGCUAUGGACACAGAUGAGACGAGCAAGAAGAUAGCCCAUGCGAAGGCCGUGGCCGCCGAGGCCCAGGAUACGGCUGCCCGUGUGCAGUCCCAGCUUCAGGACAUGCACAGGAAUGUGGAGCGGUGGCAGGGCCAGUACAAGGGCCUGCAGAGCCAGGACCUGGGCCGUGUGGUGCUCGAUGCUGGCCGCUCAGUGUCCACCCUGGAGAAGACGCUGCCACAGCUGCUGGCCAAGCUGAACCUCCUGCAGGACCGCGGGGCACACAACGCCAGCCUGGCUCUGUCAGCCAGUAUUGGCCGCGUGCGGGAGCUCAUCGCCCAGGCCCGUGGUGCCGCCAGCAAGGUCAAGGUGCCCAUGAAGUUCAACGGGAGCUCAGGGGUGCAGCUGCGCACCCCUCGGGACCUCACCAACCUCGCCUCCUACACUGCCCUCAAGUUCUACCUGCAGAGCCCAGAGCCCACAGCUGGCCAGGUCGUGGGGGACCAGUUUGUGCUGUACAUGGGCGGCCGCCAGGCCACCGGUGACUACAUGGGUGUGGCUCUGCGGGGCCAGAGGGUGCACUGGGUGUACCGCCUCGGCGGGGCAGGGCCUGCGACCCUCAGCAUCGACGAGGGCAUUGGGGAGCAGUUUGCGGCCGUCAGCAUUGACAGGAUCCUCCAGUUUGGCCGCAUGUCUGUGACGGUGGAGAAUCGGAUGGUCCAGGAGACCAAGGGAGACACAGUGGCCCCUGGGGCUGAGGGGCUGCUCAAUGUCCAGCCAGACGAUUUCGUCUUCUAUGUUGGGGGCUACCCCAGCAACUUCACGCCCCCCGAACCCCUACGCUUCCCCGGCUACCGGGGCUGCAUUGAACUGGACACGCUGAACGAGGAGGUGGUCAGUCUCUACAACUUCGAGAAAACCUUCCAGCUGGACACAGCUGUGGACAAGCCUUGUGCCCGCUCCAAGUCAACGGGGGACCCAUGGCUCACAGAUGGCUCCUACCUGGACGGCUCCGGUUUUGCCCGCAUCAGCAUGGAGAGCCAGCUCAGCAACACCAAACGCUUCGACCAGGAGCUGCGACUCGUGUCCUACAGCGGCAUCAUCUUCUUCCUGCAGCAUCAGGACCAGUUCCUGUGCCUGGCUGUGCAAGAAGGCAAACUCGUGCUCCUCUAUGAUUUUGGCGCAGGCCUGAAGGAGGCCGACCCGCUGCAGCAACCUCCGCCACAGCUGACUGCAACCAGCAAGGCGAUCCAGGUGUUCCUGCUGGGGGGCAAUCGGAAGCGCGUGCUGGUGCGCGUGGAGCGGACCACAGUAUUCAGCGUGGAGCAGGAGAACAUGCUGGAGCUGGCUGACGCCUACUACCUGGGGGGCGUGCCGCCCAGCCAACUGCCUGCUAGCCUGCGGCAGCUCUUCCCCUCUGGAGGCUCUGUGCGAGGCUGCGUCAAGGGCAUCAAGGCCCUGGGCAAGUACGUGGAUCUCAAGAGGCUGAACACCACGGGCAUCAGCGCCGGCUGCACUACUGACCUGCUGGUGGGACGGGCCAUGACUUUCCACGGCCAUGGUUUCCUGCGCCUGGCACUCCCCAGCGAUGCUGUGCCCCUCACGGGUGAUGUCUACUCUGGCUUUGGCUUCCGCAGCAGCCAGGACAGCGCGCUGCUCUUCCAACGAGAGUCCCUGGGUGGGCCAUGCGAGGUGACCCUGCAGCAGGGUCAUGUGACCCUCCGGCUGGCCAGGACUGAGCUGAAGACACAAGAGCGUUUUGAUGACGGGGCCGCCCACUACGUCACUUUCUACAGCAACAGCACGGGGGUCUGGCUCUACGUGGACGACCAGCUUCAGGAGAUGAAGCCCUACCGGGGGCCACGGCCCCAGCCCGAGGGGCCUCCUCAGCUCCUCCUGGGGGGCUCACCCAAGGCCGAUGACGUUCGUAACUUCAGUGGCUGCAUUAGCAAUGUUUUUGUCCUGCGGCUCCUGGGGCCUCAGCGUGUAUUUGACCUGCAGGAGAACCUGGGCGGCUUCAAUGUGAGCUCAGGCUGCACCCCAGCCCCUCGCCCCCAGCUCCUGGAGCACGUCCCACAAGGGCUGCGGGCCACCGUGUCUCGGAAGGCUGCCCGCCGAAGCCGGCAGCCUGCCCAGGACUCUGCCUGCUCACCACCUGGGUCCCUCAGGACCAUCCGAGACGCCUACCAGUUUGGGGGUCCCCUGACCAGUUACCUGGAGUUUGCACAUGUCCCGGCCUCCCCCAGUGACUGGUCACAGCUCUCCAUGCUCGUCCGCCCACAUGCCCCGCGAGGGUUCCUGCUCCUCGCUGUCCCCCAGACAGCCAGCAGCCCCUCCCUGCUUCUCUUCCUGAACCACAGACGCUUUGUAGCUCAGACCGAAGGCCCUGGGCCCCAGCUCCGAGUCCAGAGCCGCCAGCGUUCACGCACUGGCCAGUGGCAUACGGUGUCUGUGCGCUGGGAAAGAAGUCGGAUCCAGCUGGUGACAGACGGGGUCUGGGCCCAGAGCCAGGAGGGGCCAGGCCGGCAGCACCAGGGGCAGCAGGGCCCCCGACCACACACACUCUUUGUGGGGGGCCUUCCUGCCGGUGGCCACAGCCCCAGGCUCCCAGUGGCCAUCAGCAGACCUGGGUUCAGGGGUUGUGUGAAGAGGCUGAGGCUGGAUGGGCGGCUCCUGGGGGCCCCCACGCGGAUGGUGGGGGUCACACCCUGCGUUUCAGGGCCCCUGGAGAAGGGCCUGUUCUUCACAGGCAGCGGGGGAGCUAUCACUCUAGACACCCUGGGGGCCACACUGCCCGAUGUGGCCCUGGAGCUGGAGGUGCGGCCCCAGACAGCCACCGGCCUGGUCUUCCACUUGGGGUGGGGCCAGACGCCCCCGUACCUAGAGCUGCAGGUGCUGGGGAAGCAGGUCCUGCUGUGGGCCAACGAUGGCGCUGGUGAGUUCUCCACGCUGGUGACACGCCCCACAGCACUGUGUGACGGGUACUGGCACCGACUGGCAGUAACCAAAGGCGGGAACGUGCUCCGGCUGGAGGUGGACCAGCAGAGCAACCACACCCUGGGCCCAGCGCCGGCCACCUGGGCCAACACCCUGGUGCCACUGCAUCUCGGGGGCCUGCCAGAACCCUGGAAAAGGCCUCCCUACAACGGCUGCAUGCGGAAUCUGGUGCUCAACCAGGUGUUGGUCACCUGGCCUCGUACUGCAGGCGUGCAGAGGGCAGUGGGGGCCAGCGGCUGCCCAGCCACGUAG